UUAUUACAGACUUCAAGUAUCUGAUUGUAUAUAGCAGUUUAGAGUAUCGAGAAUUCGAGAACGUGCAAAUUCUCUCAUAUUUAAUUGUUAUUGCGAUUUGCGUUUAUUAAUAAACGUUGCAAUUUAAAUCUAAAAAACUUAAUAAAACAUUUUAUAAUAAUGAUUAUACCUGUACGCUGUUUUACCUGUGGAAAAGUGAUUGGUAACAAAUGGGAAGCUUAUCUUGGUUUAUUACAAGCAGAAUACACGGAAGGAGAUGCUCUUGAUGCAUUGGGAUUGAAACGAUAUUGCUGUCGUAGAAUGCUUCUUGGACAUGUAGAUUUAAUUGAAAAACUUUUGAAUUAUGCACCAUUAGAAAAAUAAAAAUGUAAAAUUUUAUAUAAUAUUAAGAUAUUAUUAUUUAUAUAAAAAUAUAUUUUUUUAAAUUAUGUGAGAAUAGAUAAAGAAAAGGAAUAAAUAUACAAAUAUUAUUGUAAAAUGAUUUGUAUUUAAAAAUCUUAAUUAUUUUUUUUUUUACCAGAAAUAUGUAAAAAUUUUUAACAAUGGUAUAAAAAAUCGAUUGAUUUAUAACAAGUUCAAUAAAAGUUGCUUCAAAAACAUGUUUUUUUUAAAUAUACAUUCAUAUUAAAUGCAA